AUGACAAUUAAUGCCCAUUCAUUACGUAGCGAACCUUAUGUCAUAUUAUCAACCGCAAAAAUUAACUUGCGGGGCGCAAGGGGUAACAUAAUUUCGUGCCGCGCGUUGCUAGAUUCUGGCUCCCAGUCGAACUUUGUUACGCGAGAAUUAUUCGAAAGAUUGGGGUUGAAGGGAUCGAAAAUUAAUAUGUGCAUAGGCGGAAUCGAUAAAUCUACGACAAAUAUAACAACACAAAUCACGACCGAGAUUAGUUCAGUACACAAUGGGUUCAAGCGGGAAUUAACAUUUUUGGUAUUACGGGACAUAACGGGUAAGGUACCGAUAAGUGAUAUCGAUAUAAGCAAUAUUGAAAUUCCCAACGGUAUAGAUCUCGCAGAUCAGGAGUUCAAUGUGUCCGCCAAGAUAGAUGUAUUAUUAGGCGCGGGGGUAUUUUGGAACCUUUUGUGUAUAGGGCAAGUUAAAUUGGAAAAUCAUGACGUCAUUCUUCAAAAAACUCGUUUGGGUUGGGUAUUUGCAGGGUCAGUAAGUCAUUCAAAAACGGAAAUCAACGCGUUGCAUUCGAUUAAUCAGGACGUACAAAACCAAUUGGAAAAAUUUUGGAAAAUUGAGGAAUGCGAUGCUCCACGUCAACUCACCGACGAGGAAGCAUUUUGUGAGCGACAUUUUACGGAAAAUUAUAAACGCGAUUCCACCGGUAGGUUUGUAGUUCGUUUACCUAUGCGGGAUGAAAACUUUGAUUUUAAAAAUUCGUUAGAUAGUGCUACACGCCGAUUCUUGUCAUUAGAGAAACGCUUUUCACGCGAUCCCAUAUUCAAAGGGUCGUAUCAUGAUUUCAUUCGGGAAUAUGAAAACCUUGGUCAUAUGAGUGAAGUUAAACGUACAAUGGAAAAUAAUGAUUAUCAUCCUAUAUUUUAUUUACCGCAUCACGGGGUGAUCAAAAAUUCUAGCGCCACGACGAAAUUGAGGGUGGUGUUUGAUGCUUCGUGCAAGUCUUCAUCGGGUUGGUCUUUAAACGAAAAAUUAUGCGUCGGUCCACACAUUCAGGACGAUUUAUUUUCUAUAAUUACACGAUUUCGUAAACAUAAUAUUGUCUAUACAGCCGAUAUUGAAAAAAUGUACAGGCAGAUCAUGGUAGCCGACGACCAAAGAGAUUUACAACGAAUUGUUUGGCGUAGUCACGAAUCCGAACCAUUACGAUAUUACAAAUUAAAUACCGUCACUUACGGCACCGCUCCGGCAUCUUUUUUAGCGGUGCGUUGCUUACGUCAAUUAGGGCUCGAUAACCUUGACACUUCACCUAAGGCAAGCGGCGCAAUCAUAAACGAUUUUUAUAUGGACGACCUGCUAACCGGAACUGAAACCAUAGAGGAGGCCAUUGAAACAAAGGAGCACAUUAACGAAAUUUUGUCGGGCGCGGGGUUUAAAUUAAGAAAGUGGUCUUCAAAUCAUACGCUAUUACUUCAAGAUUCAGAUUCCAAACGCCAAGAAGAUCAUUAUUGUAUUUCCGACGACAAGGGCACAAAGACCUUAGGUUUGAUGUGGGACAAUAAUAGGGACACGAUUGGGUAUUCUUUAUCAUUUGAUGUCAACGAAAAUAAAGUAACUAAGCGCACUAUAUUAUCUAUUGUAGCCAAAAUUUUUGAUCCGCUAGGGUUGCUAGGACCGAUCACAGUUAAAAUUAAAAUUAUAUUGCAACGGUUAUGGUCUGAACAAUUAAACUGGGACGAGUCAGUGCCGUUACACAUUUAUACGGAAUGGAAGCGAAUUGUAAAUAGCCUAAAAAAUAUAGAAAAUGUCAGGUUGCCCAGACAAGUCACGAUUCAAAAUUAUACAGAAUUAGAGUUGCACGGUUUCUGUGACGCUUCCGAAGCAGCAUACGCUUGCUGCGUUUACAUUCGCAGCAAAGAUAAGGAAGGAAACAUAAAGUGUAAUUUACUAUGCGCGAAAUCCAGAGUUGCUCCACUAAAAACAAUCACGAUUCCCAAGUUAGAGUUAUGCGGAGCAGUUCUUUUAGCUAACCUUAUGUACAAGCUCAAUUCGAUCGAGUGGAAAUUUAUACCAAGUCGUUCUCCUCAUUUUGGAGGUUUUUACGAAGCGGCCAUUAAAUCCGCAAAAUCGAUUAUGAAACGGAUCGUAGGUAAUGCUCAUCUAACUUUUGAACAAUUGACAACAGUAUUUGUGCAAAUUGAAUCUGUCCUCAACUCUCGUCCUAUGACACCCAUUUCCAGCGAUCCUAACGACUUGCUUGCAUUAACACCGGGGCACUUCCUAAUUGGAGACGUACUCAAUUGCAUCCCGCAAGAACACGUAAUCGACACACCGGAGAACCGAUUGAACCACUACGAGAGGCUGAAUCAAAUGUUCCAGCAGUUCUGGAAAAGAUGGACUAGUGAAUACACCCAUACUCUACAAGCCAGGGGCAAAUGGAACAAACAGCGACCCGACAUAAAAAUUGGAGCGAUGGUUUUGUUAAAAGGCGAGUCAACACCUCCGUUGUUGUGGCCGUUGGGCAGAGUUGUCGAGCUACAUCCCGGCUCCGACAAAGUAACCAGAGUGGUGACAGUGAAAACCGGAAGUGGGCUUGUGAAAAGAGCCGUUGCAAAAUUGUGCAUUCUUCCCAUUAAUGAGGAAUAG